CAAUGGUUAUCGUGCAUGCUUCUUGUAGUCGUGAAGAGAGUCAAGGCAAUAGUGGCGUUAGCAAAAUUAAAAAGAUUAUGCAAAACCGAUGCAUGCCAGAUUUUCACCAGACACUGAAAUUAGGGGAGAUGGUUUGGGAUCAAGAAACCAGUACUCUGCCACAUAUUUUCCCGCUGAUAAGAUCUUCAACACCAGCCAUGGCCAUGGCCUUCAUCCAGCUUAACAAUGCGGUUGCCAUCAUACUUUCAAAAAUGGCUACGGAUAGUGGGAUGAGCCAGUUUGUGAUGGUCACGUACAGGCAUGCUGUUGCCACCUUGGUCAUUGCUCCCCUUGCUUUCUUUAUGGAAAGGAAGAAGUGUCCCAGGCUCACAUUUCCCAUUAUCUGCCAUAUAUUUCUUGCCGGCUUAAUUGGGUUGAUGGCAUCUCAGAAUCUGUACGUUGCCGGAACUACGUACACUUCUCCAGCCUUUGCGUGCUCCUUCAUUAAUUUGAAUCCCGCAGUAACACAUCUUAUAAACAUCAUUUUCAGAAAAGAGAAGGUAAAGCUUCGGAGUGGUAAAGAGAGGGAGAAGCUGCUGGGCAUAUCAGCAUGCAUUGGUGGAGCUGCUUUCAUGAUCUUCUUCAGGGGAAUUCUACUGAAGCCAUGCGCUAGGCACGUAGCGAUUCUAAACUCCAAACUGCAGGAACACAGCAGUAAUGGAAAUUGGCUGUUGGGUUCGGCCUUCCUCUUUGGCUUCUGCAUCUCUUGUUCUAGUUUAUCCAUGCUCCAGAGGAAGAUCAAUAAGGAAUAUCCAGCUCCAUACUGCAGCUGUUUCCUUAUGUUUAUGUCUGCCACGCUCCAAUCCGCAAUCGUUGCUUACGUAGUUGAGAGGAGCAAUCUGUCCGCAUGGGUUUUGUCUUGGGAGCUCAAUUUAUUCACAGUCACCUACUCGGUGCAGCCCCAUUAUCUCUCUGUUAAGACCGUGCAACUUUCUCAGCCAUUUCAAUUAGUUGAUUUGGCGCAUCAAGGAGAGGAAUAUAAUUGUUUCAUUGCAUGUAAUCAGGGGCUAGUUACCAUAUUGUUUGGAUUCUGUCUGAUGAGAUGGUGCACCUCCAAGAGAGGGUAUUCCUUCGCUCCACUGUUCAGUCCACUCUUGCUAACUUUUGUAGCAAUCUUCAGUUGCAUGCUCCUGGACGAGAAAAUGCACAUCGGGAGCCUUAUUGGUUCGAUUCUCAUUGUGGUGGGACUAUAUGCGAUUCUAUGGGGAGAGACGGACUCUGUUUGAAAGGUAAGAACAUGGAUCUGGAGCCACAAUUUUGGCCGUGAUAUUCUCCCUGGCAAUGCAGGAAUAAAGAGCUAUCCUUUCUGUUAGGUUCUGGCUCGAAGACGGAAGGCACAUUGUCCAUGUACUCAUGAAAUGUCGCCUUCAGUGGAUGCUUCUGUUUACAGCUCGGAUUGUUUCGGUGGCUAAUUUUUGUUAAAGAAACUCAAAAAUCAGCAAUCAGCCUGCCAAUUCAGCAUUAAGAUCCGUCUCUGACUUCAUGUUCAUUACACGUACAACAUUCGAAGCAGCCCCGAGAAACCACUUGCUGGAUCACCAAGAGUUCGAUACCAAAUUAAGGCGCAUCUGGUUUCCAUAAACUUGUAUAUG